AUGGCCUUCUCCAAUCCACCCUUCCCCAAUCCACCCCUUCUCCAAACCACCCCUUCUCCAAACCACCCCUUCUCCAUGGCAUUCCCCAGUCCACCCCUUCUCCAAACCACCCCUUCUCCAUGGCCUUCCCCAAUCCCCCCUUCUCCAAACCACCCCUUCUCCAUGGCCUUCCCCAAUCCACCCUUCUCCAAACCACCCCUUCUCCAAACCACCCCUUCUCCAAACCACCCCUUCUCCUUGGCCUUCUCCAAACCACCCCUUCUCCAUGGCCUUCUCCAAUCCACCCUUCCCCAGUCCACCCCUUCUCCAAACCACCCCUUCUCCACGGCCUUCCCCAAACCACCCCUUCUCCAAACCACCCCUUCUCCAAACCACCCCUUCUCCAUGGCCUUCUCCAAUCCACCCUUCCCCAGUCCACCCCUUCUCCAAACCACCCCUUCUCCAUGGCCUUCCCCAAUCCACCCUUCUCCAAACCACCCCUUCUCCAAACCACCCCUUCUCCUUGGCCUUCUCCAAACCACCCCUUCUCCAUGGCCUUCUCCAAUCCACCCUUCCCCAGUCCACCCCUUCUCCAAACCACCCCUUCUCCACGGCAUUCCCCAGUCCACCCCUUCUCCAAACCACCCCUUCUCCACGGCCUUCCCCAAUCCCAACCCUCUCCUCCAAACAUCCCUUCUUCAAACCCUCCCCUUACAGAGGGUGUAG